AGUUCAUUUUCAUUAUUUACCUUUUGCCGAAGUAAAUUGAUAAUUUGCAAAAAAUGGCUAAAUUAUUGCAGCGCGUAGAAAUAACGCUCCGUAGCUUUUAUAUAUUCAACUCCAGUUUUGGCCAAAUUGAAGGAGAGGAACACAAAAAGAUUUUGUACUACCAUCCAAAUGACAUUGAAUUAAACACAAAAAUCAAGGACGUGGGACUGAGUGAAGCCAUCAUUAGGUUUACAGGAACUUUUACCUCCGAAGAUGAUUGUCAGGCAUUGCACACCCAGAAAACUACCCAACUUUUUUACCAACCAGAGCCAGGAUAUUGGCUGGUUUUGGUCUUAAAUGUGCCCAAGGAGGUGCGACUAAAGGAGGGCGUGGAGGUGGCCGAUUAUCGGGGGGCAGAGAUCUCGGACAGGAUUUAUAGAGCCAUCCUAAGGCAAUGCUUUCAAAUGUUUCGCUUUCAACAUGGAAGUUUUUCCUCCUUCGGAAGUGAAGAAUCGAGUUCGGAUAAGCGAAGGGAACUGCUCUGCCAGGAGCUCUUGAAAUUCUACGAUCAACACCUGACCAACCUGAAGGAUCCCUCGCAAUGUGAUAUUAUCGACAUGCUGCAUUCCAUACAAUAUCUUCCCCUGGACAAAUCGCUCUUUCUGCGUGCCCAAAACUUUGGCACGUUGGGCGAGACCUUUCCUGCCAUUAAGCAGAUCAUAAUGCUCUACCAGGAGCAGGUCCUUUGUGGCGGAAAACUUAAACCGGAGGAUCUGCACAGCUUGCAUUCGUUUGUGGUGCAGCAUGUGCUGAAAGCGGAGGCCAGCAACUCGUCCAUUGCAGUGAGUCCCUCGCUGAAGAGGAGCAUAAGUGAAUGCCAGGUGGGAGGAUUCGUCAGAAAUCAGAAAGGCGAGGGCGAUAAUCAGGAGGUUGUCAUUGAGGAGGAUCAUCCCCUGAAGGUCUAUGUUACGUUGGAGAAGGAAGCGAAGCCCUAUUACUUGCUCAUCUAUCGUGCUCUGCACAUAACACUCUGUCUGUUUCUUGAUGCUGACCAACCCCCACCAAAGCAAGAGCUGUACGACGAGCUCCAUGGCUACAUGGCUCCACAAUUGACUUCCCUGGCCCGGGAUAUAACCAACGAGUUGAACAAGGAGGCAGUGGGUGCCACAGGGCAGGAAAACUCCACCGGCGAUAUGGCCCCCAAGUACCUGUUUAUUAACGAACAAAGUCUGCAGCAUCAUACGAAUUUUCAGAGGCACCUGCCCCAAGGAUUACCACGUAAUGUCCUUAGCAUUAUAGCGGAUUUGUCCAAUUCAAGUGAGAAAGAGGAGAUGGAGAAUGCGCCUGCCGAGGAGCUUCAGGUGAAGACCACCAAUGACUAUUGGAUUGUGAAGAGGCGCUGUAACUAUAGGCAAUACUAUGUGAUCCUGUGCAAUAGCAAGGCCACCCUGUUGGAUGUAACCCAGGAAGCGAGGCGCAUUUUCGAGCAGGAACUCACAGAUGAUGUAUUCUUUGACAAAUAAAGAGGAGGAUCAGAUACAGAA